AGAAGAGCCAAAGCAACAAACAAUGCUCCAGCAGAAAGUCUGAUCAAAGCUUUAACCAGCCUUGGACUUUCUCUUGAGGAUCUAGAAUUACUCAGUCACUGCCCAGACAACCAGUUAAUAACAGAGAAUCUCCCCUUCAUUAUACAAGACAUUCCAGAGCACAAAGGAACAAAGGACAUUAAAUAUGGCCAUGCUAGAUGGAUCUCAUCUGAUCACAUGGAAUCUUCCAGAGAGUCGUCAUGCACUCAUGGGGAACAGAGGAAUCUGAGGAUUGUAAACGGUCAGAGAUCUCUCAGCUGUCGGCCAUCUAAAGUCAUUUAUAAGCACUUCUCGACCCAAUCUAAAACACUAAGAACAAUACAUUCAUCAUAUCGGCCUGCUGAGGACUCCGGCUGCAGGACUGGUUCAGUCUAUUUUCCCCCUCGAUCAAAACGCAGCAUAAGGCACAGCUUUGUCUCUUUAGACUGUAAUAAAGCAAUACAUUAUACAACAAGAAGACCCUUGUCCUCUCCACACAGAGCCAACACUUACAAUGCCAUGACAAAAGGUCAUCAGUUUCCAGUCAAAUCUGCAAAAUCAGAAGUAACCGCUGAAUCCAUCUACAUUCAGAUGCCAGUAACUAAGACAACUGCAAAAACAUCAGCACAAACUAAGGGUGUGAUUCGUGUGUCUGGAAUCCCUCUUGAUUACUCUCAGAGUGAACUCAUCAAAAUGGCAUCUCCGUUUGGUCAAUCAGUUGAGGUUUUAAUGGCAACUGAGGAGAGAACAAGAAACUGA